AUGGUCACUACUAUUGACGCUGCAGCCUUCCCUCACAUUAUCGACGAGAUAUGGGGUUGCUUCGACAUCGAGACGACUUUGCUGGCUCGGCAGGUUUGCUCGACCUGGCGCGAAAAAGCGGCCCGUCGUCUUCUCCACCACGCUGAAGUCUUCUGUGUCGGUACCAGCAGUCCCUGCUUUCUUAACUCCAAGGUCGCAGAUGGCACGGGGCUCACUCCUCUUGCACGCCGACAACUACGACGAUUGUCGACCACCAUCGCUACCGCCGAUUCACUGCGGCACGUGCGAGUCCUAGACGUAGACCUAUGGUGCACUCUCCGACGAGCAUCUACCGCCUAUCAACAGCUACUCCAAGAAUUGCAUCCCCGCACAGUCUUCCGUACCCUCAUCGACAAAGACUACAAGGGCGAGGACAUUGACGCGGCGGGUACAACACAGGUGUACUUCCUCCGCUCGUGGUGUGCACCUCGACUCCGACCGGUUGGGGCAGAGACACUCGUGCUGAACUUUCCCUUCGGUUCUCGACUGUUCUCCCCACUCUUGCAGUGUUGUGAGCUCUGGACUCUUCUCCACCCAAGCUGGGGCCGUAGGCGGACGCUGGUCUGUGUUUUCCAGCCUCCCCAAGAUCCCUACGGCCUUGGGGAGGGAGCCACCGACCGGCUGCAUCACGCUCUUGGACUUGGAGUCGGGGCACAGGCAGUCAAGCCGGACGUCACGAUCUGCAUCGUCGGCAUGGAAUGCUACUUCGAACGCCCGGAAGACUACUGCACCUGGGUGUCUUGCUUCUACGCCCGGCUUCGACACCCUGACAAUGACCAGGGGGAGACCGAACUCACGGAGACGCCACCACCGCUCGUCUAUCCACUACGACGAGAGGGGCUGAGAAGGUCUGCAGAGGUUCAACUCUUGACGUGUUCUGACCCGGCUGCUCCGUCGCUUGCAACCUGGGCGCACACUCACUGGCGCGUUGUCGCACAGCGCCCGGGGCACGCAGAUCCCCCUAUCGACUUGACCACACCCUAUGUGAACUCCAGUUCCCAUCAUCUUGCCAUCUCUCGCACGGCCACCGCCAUGAUCACCAUCGACCACUAUGCCUACCCCCACAUCAUCGACACGAUCUGGUCCUGCAUGGCCUUCGCCGACCUCCUUGUCGCCCGCCUCGCAUGCUCCGAGUGGCGCCAGAGAGCCAGCCGCCGCCUCCAGCGUCACAUGGAAGUACGACCGCACAGGGAGGGUCUCCUGCUCUGUACCAAGGACUUCAGGGAGGCGACUCAGACUCUGAAGCUGCCCCGCUACUACGUCACCCGCCACAUGCUGGCUCGCACGCGGCCGCUUCACCCUCUCGCCGUGGCUUCUGAGCCGUGGCUUGCCGAACUAUUUGCGAACAUCAAAGUGCUCGACUUUGAGUGGAGACAGCUCUCUGGCAUCGCCCAGCAGACGUUCCUCCUGCUUCAACAGCGGCUCGACCCGGAGACGAUGGUGCGCGUCGAUGCCCCCUACCAAGCUCCGCGUGUGUUGCCUCCCGUCGCCAUCGCGGGCAGAACGCAAGUCUACUGGCUCGAUAUCGGAAGUCGCCAGGGUCUUUGUACGAUGAACACGGACAAGGUUGUCAUCAAUCUGACCUGCUAUACGAACGCUCGCUCACCGAUGUGUCAUGGGCACGAGUUCACGAUCUGGGAUCUCCUGAACCCCGACGAUCUGGAUGACGCAGAACUCGUAAUUGCGUUCUCGCACGACGCAUAUGUGCGAAUGUAUCUCCCGGGCACCCUCGUUUUCACUCAUGUCUACGCCCAGAAUCUGUUAACCUGGCUCGACACAUGCUGGUAUGAUCGGAAGGUCUCAAUCGUCGGUGCCGACUACCUGUGGGAUGAACAGUGGCAGCGCGACAUGUUUUGUGAGCGGUUAGAAGAACAGCUCGCUGAAAGGAAGAAGCAGCUGGCAGCUGAGCAGGGAGAUGACGCGACGCCGUUGACGAAGGAAGGGUCUCUACGCUUCUUCACCUAUUCAGAGUAUCAAAACGAAGCGGGAAAUGAAGCCUACUGGCUCCAUACCCUUUGGGACUCGUCUCACCUAGGCCCCUACACUCCUGACAUCAUGGACAAUGACGAGACAGUGAAGCUGUUGCAGCGGCGAUAA